ACGUUGCGCCUGCGCCUCGGUCCCUAGCACUCCAGUCUGGCGGCUGAUCCGGGCUGGCGCUGCAGUUGCGCAGCUCUGGUCCCGGCCCAUCUACCCCGCCGCCUCCUGACGCCGGGCGUGACGUCACCACGCCGGCGGCCGCCAUUACAGAGAGCAGAGCUUUGGGGCUAGAGUGAGCGGAGGACGGCCGCGGCCGGUGGCCGAGUACGGAGGGGCGAGCCAGCGGGCCAGCGCUAGUGCCGAGCAAUCGCCAGUAUCCGCACAAGUACCCCGGGAACCGGCGGCGGCGUGUGUGUGUGGCCCGUGUGCGGGCGGCGGCGCGGGAGGAGCGCGGAGCGGCAGCCGUUUCGGGCGGGUGGCAUCAUGGACGAGAAGGUGUUCACCAAGGAGCUGGACCAGUGGGUCGAGCAGCUGAACGAGUGCAAGCAGCUCUCCGAGUCCCAGGUCAAGAGCCUCUGCGAGAAGGCUAAAGAAAUUCUGACAAAAGAAUCCAAUGUGCAAGAAGUUCGAUGUCCAGUCACUGUCUGUGGAGAUGUGCAUGGGCAAUUUCAUGAUCUCAUGGAACUGUUUAGAAUUGGUGGCAAAUCACCAGAUACAAAUUACUUGUUUAUGGGAGAUUAUGUUGACAGAGGAUAUUACUCAGUUGAAACAGUUACUCUGCUUGUAGCUCUUAAGGUUCGUUACCGUGAACGCAUCACCAUUCUUCGAGGAAAUCAUGAGAGCAGACAGAUCACACAAGUAUAUGGUUUCUAUGAUGAGUGUUUACGGAAGUAUGGAAAUGCAAAUGUUUGGAAAUAUUUUACAGAUCUUUUUGACUAUCUUCCUCUCACUGCCUUGGUGGAUGGGCAGAUCUUCUGUCUACAUGGUGGCCUCUCACCAUCCAUAGAUACACUGGAUCACAUCAGAGCACUUGAUCGCCUACAAGAAGUUCCCCAUGAGGGUCCAAUGUGUGACUUGCUAUGGUCAGAUCCAGAUGACCGUGGAGGUUGGGGUAUAUCUCCUCGAGGAGCUGGUUACACCUUUGGGCAAGAUAUUUCUGAGACAUUUAAUCAUGCCAAUGGCCUCACGUUGGUGUCUAGAGCUCAUCAGCUGGUGAUGGAGGGAUAUAACUGGUGCCAUGACCGAAAUGUAGUAACGAUUUUCAGUGCUCCAAACUAUUGUUAUCGUUGCGGUAACCAAGCUGCAAUCAUGGAACUUGAUGAUACUCUAAAAUACUCUUUCUUGCAGUUUGACCCAGCACCUCGCAGAGGCGAGCCACAUGUUACUCGUCGUACCCCAGACUACUUCCUGUAACGAAAUUUUAAACUUGUACAGUAUUGCCAUGAACCAUAUAUUGACCUAACGGAAAUGGGAAGAGCAACAGUAACUCCACAAAGUGUCAGAGAAUAGUUAACAUUCAAAAAACUUGUUUUCACACGGACCAAAAAGAUGUGCCAUAUAAAAAUACAAAGCCUCUUGUCAUCAACAGCCAUGACCACUUUAGAAUGAACCAGUUCAUUGCAUGCUGAAGCGACAUUGUUGGUCAAGAAACCAGUUUCUGGCAUAGCGCUAUUUGUAGUUACUUUGCUUUCUCUGAGAGACUGCAGAUAAUAAGAUGUAAACAUUAACACCUCGUGAAUACAAUUUAACUUCCAUUUAGCUAUAGCUUUACUCAGCAUGACUGUAGAUAAGAAUAGCAGCAAACAAUCAUUGGAGCUUAAUGAACAUUUUUAAAAUUAAGUACCAAGGCCUCCCCUCUACUUGUGAGUUUUGAAAUCGUUUUGUUUAUUUUCAGGGAUACUGUUUAAUUUAAUUGUAUGAUUUGUCUGCACUCAGUUUUUUUCCCCUUCUCAAAUCUCAGCCUCAUGUUGUUCUUUGUUACUGUCAGAUCCUGGUGAGUUGUUUUGAACAGAACUGUUUUUUUUCCUCCCUCCUGUAAGACGAUGUUACUGCACAAGAGCACUGCAGUGUUUUUCAUAAUAAACUUGUGAACUAAGAACUGAGAAAGUCAAAUUUUAAUUGUAUCAAUGGGCAAGACUGGUGCUGUUUAUUUAAAAGAUACAUCAAUUGAUAAAUUUUAGAAUUUGUAGAAUUCUAGGUAAAGAAAAAUAAAAAUCAAGGCCACUACAUAAUCUCUCUCGUAACUCCUUGACAUUCUUCAAAUGAAUUUCAGGACUUAUUUGUAGUCCAGAUAGUACAAUAUGUCAGAUUGCCAGCAUGCUCUUUGUGGGUUCUUCUUCCUGCAUAUUGUCUGCAAGAAAGGAAAUGAAGUCUCUGCUGCUUCAGUAAGACCUGAUUGUAAAACCGUAUAAAUCGAGAUUUAUGUUUUUCGGGUUUUGUUUUUUAAUGAAAAAAGCAUGUUUUCAGGUAGAGGUUAACAAACUAAAUAAUGUAUCUACUUAUCAGUCACUGCAGUUUCUGGUUAUAAAUAUUGCUAUGUAAUGUGGACACUGUAAGAUGAUUGACAGAGUGGUAAGUUCUUAACGAAUAUUUGUACAUUACUUGUCACGUGAUCUUAAAGUUAAAUUUGUCUCAGAUAAGAUAUAGCUGUUAAAGCAUUAUCCUGUAUUAUGCUCUUUAAAUGAUACUAGUUAAACCAAAUAGAAAACUGUUGCUGGAUCAUGGCUUAGUGUUAUGUACAUUCACCCAAGGACAAAAAUGGCAUUUGAAAUGAAGUGGCGGUGAUAAGCACAUACUGAGUUUUUCCCCUCCCUUUUAUUCUUUGAAUAGGAUUAGAAAGUUAAAACAGGUUUUCUAUGGAAACUAAUACUUCAUUGUCUUAAGCUACCAGGGUAGACUUCAAGACACUUAAUCAUUAAUUGUGUGGGUAUAGUAAUAAAAGUUUCUUUGCUUUGUACUGUGUUGAACUUGGAACUGAUGAGGAAAUUUUUGCAUUUCUCUUUCUAAGAUGCUUGAAGAAAAUACAUACACAAUAUAUAUAUUUUUUAAGUGGU